UCUUGGUCGAUAAACCUCUAGUAAUCGAUUCGGUUUAUCGCACAAAAUUAGAGAUGAAACAGUUGGUACUUAUCCUAUUCCCCUUACUUUUCCUUUUCUUUGCCGCACUAACUUCCGGCCAGUCCACGGCGGCAGCCGCCCCUGCAACGCCAGGCCCAACCAACCUGACCGCCAUCCUCGAGAAAGCCGGCCGAUUCACCAUAUUCAUCCGCCUAUUGCAGAGCACCAAAGUGGCGGACCAGAUCUACACACAACUCAACAAUUCAAACCAAGGCCUCACUGUUUUCGCCCCAACCGACGGCUCAUUCUCCGGCCUGAAAUCAGGCACACUCAAUUCCUUCUCCGACGAGCAGAAAACCGAACUCAUCCAAUUCCACGUCCUCCCUUCCUAUUUCUCUCCAUCGCAGUUCGAUACCGCGAGCAAUCCCCUGCGCACGCAAGCCGGCGGCAGCGAAGAGCUUUUCCCCCUGAACGUAACCGCCUCAUCGACGGGGAAUCAAGUGAACAUCACAACUGGAGAGACGAAUGCGACGGUGGCAAAUCGCCUUUAUAAAGAGACGCUCCAUUCCCCAAUAUCACAACUGUAGAGGUGCUUUUGUGUGUCACGUGCGGCGCACGUGCGAUUUUCCGUCCAAACUAACUGGACAAAUGGACGGAGGGACAGAAACGGCAUAAAAGUGACAUGUUUAGGGACGAAAAUUGUAACUUCAUCUUGUUUAGGGACGAAAAUCGUUUAAGUGGUAAUGUAUAGGGACGAAAAGUGUAAUUAUCCCUGUUUUUCAACCACUGAUUCCAUUUGUGUUGUGCUUGCCGUACGGCCAACUCAACAGUGGUAGAGAAUACUUGGAGUACAUUGUGAUAAGGGAGAUAGGUUGAAAUUAAAACCCUUGAGAA